GCAUGGUAGUACGGUGUGCUGUCGCGCGCCAGUAGAUUCUACGAGUUGAAAUCCAUCAACAAGGACCCCACAUUUACCCCUCGUUCCUUCCUGCUGUGGGUGCGUCGUUCGUUCGAUUUACCUAAUAUAGCAGUCUCGGGGAGCAUUUACGUCGCGCAGUGGAAAGUAAUUCCACGCUUCUGUUUGCUCAUACACGUCACACCUCACUUCUGCGAUUGACCAUUUGCCAUGCCACCCAUCACGCGCCCUCGCCGCAUCGUCGGUGUCUCCCUCAAGAUGUAUUUCGAUCUGACCAGCACACUCUCCUACGUUCGUGGAGUGCUUCAGCUGGAUGGCGAUGCAUGGAACUCGAACGUCGACCUCUUUGUAAUUCCUGACUUUGUCUCGCUCACCGAAUCGAAACGCAUUCUCGAAUCCUCAUCCGUCAUUCUUGGUGCACAAGACACACACUGGGAAGACAAGGGCGCCUUCACUGGCGAGGUCAGCCCGGUAGUGCUACGGCAAGCAGGCGCGAGGAUUGUCGAGAUUGGGCACGCCGAGCGAAGGGCGCUAUUCGGCGAGACAGACGAGAGUGUCGCAAAGAAGGCUGGCGCUGCUGCAAGGAACGGGCUGAUACCGCUGGUCUGCAUCGGCGAGAAGACACACUACAGCAUAGCAUCAGCAGCUGUAGGUGCGGCGAUUAAAGAGUGUAAACCACAAGUUACAUCAGUGCUGGCUGCUGUGCCUGAUGACCAGGAGGUCAUUCUAGCUUAUGAACCAGUUUGGGCCAUCGGGGCAACAGAGCCCGCAGACCCUGACCAUGUUGUCAAUGUUACCAAAGAGCUACGGAAACUUGCCACUGGCAGGACCGGUGUCACAAGAAUUGUUUACGGGGGUAGCGCUGGUCCAGGCACGUUUGCAAAGAUCUCGGAAGGCGUAGACGGUCUGUUCCUAGGUCGAUUUGCCCAUGACAUCCAGAAUCUUAAGAAGGUCAUCGAGGAAGUAGGUGGAGCCUAGAGGAAUCGUCUUACACAUAUGACAUCAGUUCUACGGGCACCUCUUCUUAAAGGUACCAUAUCAGGGUUGCUCGACGACCGAGCUGGUUUCCAGGUCUGCCAUACAUCACAUGGCUCUUGACGAUGGUAUGGUAUUCGGCCUUGGUUACUGAGCUGUCUUCAAAUUGUAUGUUCCCCUGGCUAUGUAUUGAUUGAUCACAGUAGUAUGCACAAAAUUCCAAGCUACGUGCAGAUGAGGCAUUGGCGAGGUGAUUGCUGCUGCUGGCUCCUGCCUUGUUCGACGAAAGAUACUGCCGCGCCCACCCUCAACAACAAAUACGCUGUCCUCUCCACACAGCUUUCACUUCCUUGUACUAUUCGUAUAC